CAGUGACCAUGCUGCUGAUAGUUGGUCUGCCCGGAGUAGCCUCAGGCUCAGGGGAGUAACCAGUGUCCAUCUGAGAGAGAGAGAGAGAGAGGGAGCCCAACGGGGUCUCUUUCUUGCUUUUGCGUAGCCGCAGGUCUCAUCCUGUGUUUCUGAAGCAAAUGGUUCGGUUAAUUCAUUGCUGUGUGGCCGUGUCAUGGGCGUCAAGAAGACUUCUCCUCCCUUCACCACCUCUUGCUGUCCAAGCCUAUCCUCUUUCUCUCCAAUCUUGCUGCCGCAGGCGCAUCACCGUCUCUCUUCCGCGCCAUGCUCUUUGCUUCUCUGCUGGACCCCUGGCGGACGAACCACUCCAAGAGAGCAUCUCUUUCAAGCCAACUAAAAGAGAUGCAUUGGAAUCUGGUCUAUAUCUCGUGGCAACCCCAAUUGGUAACCUAGAGGAUAUUACACUGCGGGCACUACGUGUUUUGAAGUCGGCUAACUUAAUACUAUCGGAAGAUACAAGACACUCUGGAAAGUUGCUCCAGCACUACAAUAUUAAGACGCCCCUUUUUUUUUCCCUGUUGCAGCUUAGCUAUCACAAGUUCAAUGAAUCUCAGCGAGGCACAUUAAUCCUACAAAAACUUCAGCAAGGAGAGAUCAUCGCAUUGAUUAGUGAUGCAGGGACACCAGGCAUCAGUGAUCCUGGAGAACAACUUACAAAGUUAUGUGUGCAUAACAAGAUCCCUGUUUUUCCGAUUCCGGGGCCAUGCGCUGUGAUUGCUGCUCUAUCUGCCUCUGGGCUGUCAACUGAUGAAUUUACAUUUGUGGGUUUUCUUUCUAAGCACGCUGGAUCAAGAAGACAAAGGCUGCUUAUCUCUUCCAGUGAAGCUGCAACCCAGAUUUUCUAUGUUCCUCCCCACAAGAUCCAGGCUUUCCUUGAUGAAGUCACUGAGAUUUUUAGUACUUCAAGGAACUGUGUUAUUGCACGAGAGAUGACGAAGGUUCAUGAAGAGUUCUGGCGUGGCACAUUAGGUGAAGCAAAAGAAGCUUUUUCAAGCUACCAGCCAAAAGGAGAGAUAACAAUUUUGGUUGAGGGGAAAAGGGACUCUGCUGCAGAAGUCCCUUCAGAAGCAGAAAUUGCACAUGAAUUGAGGGAACUGGUAUCAAAUGGUCACAGCCUUUCCAUGGCAGUGAAAAUGGUAUCAGAAAGUACAACAGUGAAGAGGAAGUCAGUUUAUUCACUCGCCUUGAAGAUCUUUGGAGAUAAAACAGAACUUCCAAAACAGGUUUCUAGUGAAAAGGAUUGACAUUCUGAAAGGUAUUCCUUGAGGCAUUCAGUAUCUGAAUGGCAUGUUGCUGCUGCUGUGGCUGAUGAGCUGGCAAUUAGAACAUGGUCAUGCUAUCCAUGUUUUUUACGUGCUUUGCUCAGUUUGAAAAUCCAGCGUGAAGCUUCCCAAUCGUCCAUUCAUAUGGAUUGGAACUCAUGUUUCCCUGGAGGCAAUCAAGUGUGCUGCAGGAUCCACUCCUGUUGGUGAAGAUUCUCGCGUUCACUACUCUUUUAGUUUGAUCGGAACCAUGAAGAUUGUGCAUAUGCCUAUGUCACCAAUAUCAGCAUCUAUGUCACCGAUAUCAGCAUCGGAGAUUAAUCAUUUUAGGAGAAUCAGUGUACUUUAAAAUCUGUUGCUAGACAUUUCUUAAACCAGAAAGCACGAUUCAUAAUUCGAAUCUGUAUUUACCCAUACGGGCCGACGCUAAUAAUGUAGCUGAAUCAUCAGAUGUAUUAGUUGGAUAUACUGAAACUGUAUCACGACUGCUUUGACUUUUGAAUGUAACAUCUAGCCACCA